UAUUUCGACCUUGAUUAGAUUUUGAACUGAUUGAUUACUAAAGAUACAACAUUUUCAAAUUGUGUCCAUGUUAGAAACCACAGAACUUCGCCCAAGUUUAGUAUUGAAUGUUGGUCAGGAAUCAGUAAAUCAAUUGAAGCAAGAAUUUCCAUUUAUAAGACGUGUUUUGCUUAAAGUCGUUACGUGGCGCAAUAGAUUCGUCGAAAUGACUAAAACUCGAAGCGAAUUCAGAUUUUUGGUGUACGCCGGUGCAAUUUUCGUAUGCUAUUUUAUGUAUGGAAUGCUGCAAGAAAAAAUAACUAGAGGAAAGUAUGGAGAAAAUAAUGAGAAGUUCACGUGUACCUUAUCACUGGUACUAAUACAAUGUAUCGUGAAUUACAUCUUCGCUCAAAUCUUGAUGCUAUCCAACAAGCGAGAAGUGGAUACUACGAGGAGGGUGUAUUAUUUCUCAUCAGCAUUGACAUACCUGCUCGGUAUGGUCAGUUCUAAUAUGGCGUUGCAGUGGAUCAAUUACCCGACACAGGUGGUGGGCAAAGCAGCCAAACCAAUUCCGGUGAUGAUACUUGGUGUCCUGGUUGGGCACAAGUCUUACCCGAUGAAGAAGUAUUUAUUUGUUCUGCUAAUAGUUGUUGGAGUAGUAAUGUUCAUGUAUAAAGACCAAGUUAAGAAGACUGUGGCUGAUGACUCUUCUACGUUUGGAAUCGGGGAACUUCUUCUGCUUCUAUCUCUAACUAUGGACGGUCUUACUGGUGCUGUGCAGGAGCGCAUCAAGAGUGAAUCCUCGCCGUCCGCCUAUGCCAUGAUGCUGAACACGAACAUGUGGUCGUCAAUGAUCCUGUCAAUAGGCGUGUUGCUGAGCGGGGAGAUAUUCAAGUUCAUCGUGUUCGUGUCCACGUUCCCUGAAGUUAUAAUAUUCCUCAUCGGACUGGCCUUCGUUGGAGCCCUGGGACAAAUGUUCAUAUUCUUUAUGGUGUCGGAGUACGGGCCGCUGCCGUGCUCCGUGGUAACGACGACGCGGAAGUUCUUCACAGUGCUGAUGUCUGUCAUCAUAUUCGGUAACGCGCUGUUGCCUCGCCAGUGGCUGGGAGCUAUCCUAGUAUUCGCAGGAUUGUUCCUGGAUAUGUUCUACAGUAAAGGAAAAGCGUCUGCGAAAAGAGUAGCGGGCAAAUGAUGAUUGAAAACACUGAUUGUUUUCUAGACAAUUUACGGUUUGUUGAUGCUGUAAUAUUUAAGAUUUAGUGCUUAUAGUAUAUAUAUUUUGUUCCGUUGCACUUUUAUUUAUUUAUAAAUAAUCAUAGAGAAGAGUUGUAUUGAUGACAGAUAUAUCACCAAUACUAUAUUAUAUUAACUUUAAGGCUAUGUUUCUGAGGGUUUAGUAUACAAUGUUUUGUGUAUAAAGUGUAUUAUGUAGUUGGUGACAUAUGUUGAUAAUAUAAUCAUGUUACAUUGCAGAGAUAUUUAAGUAAAUACUUGUGUAAUGUGUAGUCUAAUUUUUGUACUGACUAGAUGUCUGUACAAGAUAAAGCCAAGGAUACACUAGGGGACAAAUAUUUUGCCACGCGUGUCGCCAGCGACGAUGGGUGCGCGACGUUGCUAGACUUUCGUUUACAUACCUGGCAACGUGAGGCGCGCGUGGUCGCCAUACACAUAAUAUGACAGACGAAUACAUUUUGUGGGACAUUUGCCUCCUAGUGCGUCCUUCGAUGAAAUGACCCAAAUAUGUACAUACAUAGACAACCUCGCACAAUGACCCUCCUUAAAUGACUAGACAAAGAUGUAGUGUAGUAAGAUCAUCACUUUUUCAAGUUUUCUUUCGCAUUCAAUCUACUAAUUUAUAAUUUAUUACUAUCAUUAAAUAAUAAUUCAUGUUUGUUUCAAACAUAAGAUGUUAGAUUUUAUUAUGUUAAAUUUUAUAGGUAUCAAUAUUAUUUGCCAUUUAAAUAGUAAAGGCUUAACAUAAAUUCGACUAGUAUUUAAGAUAUCGGUGCGUUGUUACUGAAGUAAUAUGGUUUCGUGGAUUUUCCCCCACUUUACCGAAUUUGAGACAAACUUUUGUGCAGCAAAAGGAUCUUUUAAUCGAUCUUUAACUAUGUAUUCAUGACAAUUAUUUUGACAACUAUGUUCAACAUAGUUAAUUUUAUAACAUUUUCAGUUAUAUUUCCAUUUUACCUUAAAUUAUAAGCCGCAUUUCCUGUGAAAGUUGAUGGAUGAGAUUAUAUAAUUUAUGUUUAGGUAGCAAUAAAGAUGAUUUCUCUUAUAUUGCAUAUUGUAUUCUAAAUUCAUUCCAUUAAUUUAUUGUGUAUUUAGUUUGACAAAUUAUGGUAAUUUUUAUUACUUUUACCAAAGUCUAGGUACAAAUGUAUGUUUCAACCCAUUUUCAUUAGUAAAUAAUUUAUAAGAAGUAGUAUAUAACAAUGGGUAUCAUUCGUUAGGAAUUGCCACUCCAGGUCAUCUCUAAUAACUUCGAAAGGAUGGAGGGCAGAAAUGUAUGGGCGACGCAUCCACGUUCGCCACAACUAGGCUAUUCUGUUACUGUCAAUUCGAACCUUUUGACGAGGUCGAGAUUAUUCUCACAACCAAUGAUAUGACGGACCGAUAUCAAGUUCACUUUGAUCUUUUGAAUUGAAAGUUACAGAAACCCCUUGCUGGUCUGACUACAUCUGGUUGGAUGGUAUCACAGCCAUGGUUCACUGUGCCAAAGCUCAUUUAAUUCUGUCCCAGAAUACUAUAUGUACCUAGUCGAUGAGCUGUAAGUUCGUUACAGCUUAUAACAUUUUUGUCCACAUAAAUAAAUAUAGAACCCUGGGACAACAUUUUGUGAGUUUUGGCACUAGGAACAAUGGUUCUGAUACCUUUCAAACAGAAUUGGCCUUAGUCGUGGCGGAGCUGAAUGUAUUUUGCUCACUGUCCUUUAGUUUUAAUACCUAAUUUUAAUAUCUGACUAUGCAAUCUUAACAUUUUCCAACACCAUGUUUCGUAUAAACAUAUCGAACCCAUAGAUAAGUUUCGAGAACUAAUGGAAUUGAAAAAAAAGGCUUAUACUAAUGUAGUAAAUAAAGAAAUGUGCAUAAAUAAAGAAAUGUGCAUUCAACUAAAUGUUUAUUUCAUAAUCAUUUAUUAUGAAUGUGGAAACCUAGACUAACACUAGAACUAGACUGUCCUAGUAACACCUAGGACUAACCUGCUUGGCUCACGUUUUAACGAAAAUGUAAUUUAUGUCACGAAUUUAAUAAUAUAACCUAAAUAACCUAACCAUGCAUGAUUGUGUGAGCUAUGUUAGUUAGUAAGGGGUAUGCAAUGUAAGUAGCUGCUGUGAGCAGAUUGUACAAAAAGUAAACUAAUGAAUCACAUGCAAAACCAACAACACUAUAUAUCAAUAUAGUGUUAAAACUAAUGAAAGUCGCUAUGACUAACCAGUACUCUCAGUAGCUCCUCAACGACUUAUGUUAAUGUAACUUUGCACAAGUGUUGUUACCAUUUGCCAGAAUUGGAAGUACAUUGCAGCUAUCGAUGACCAUAAUUUGCAGACUGACUCUAAUACAAAGUGUCCAAUGUUAUUAGUAAGAUAUUACAUCAAAUGUUAGCACUUAAAGUGAUAUUUUUUCAAAAGAAAAUGUUUUAUUUGUGGAAAUAUACAAUUUUUUAAAUAA